CUUAGCUUUUGUGGAUUUCUGUUACCACUAGACCAGAGAUCGAUUUUCUCUUGCACCUUUUCACUAUGGAUCGUUUCCCUGCUAGUUCUCUCAAGCUACAUUUCUCCUCUCAUGACUUAGGCCGGGUAUUCAAGAUAUUUACGAUACUAAAGUACCUCAUCUCCCCCUGCAACCGGAUCCUACUCUUCCAAUCCAACAAGAGACGGGCUUUCGUCUCCUCGGGGAAGGCACUCACUAAAGAUGUCUCCCUCUUCGUAUUUAUAGCAUAUAAUAUAUUCCUUUUUGUCAUAGGUUUUGUAUGUAUAUUAGCAGGUGUAUCUCUGUAUGUUAUGCAUAAAUAUUCUAAAGUUCACACAUACUUGUCUCUAGCCACUAUCAUGACUCUUGCUGGUAUAUCAGUAUUAGUAAUGUCACUAGUGGGCUUUGCUGGGGCCACAACCGUCAAAAGAAGAACACUCAGACUAUAUCUUGCCCUGGCUCUCAUUGCAGUGAUUGUAGCGUUGGCUGCCACAUUCGUAUUAUUCAAAAUGUCGUUGAUAAGCAGGACGAACAUCUUAUUGCUCUCCUCUGAUCUUAUCAAGGCUUACAGGCAUGCAUCUGAUGAUCAACAACACUCUCCAUUCAUAAAUGGCAUUGUAGACUUUGUACAAUCAAAGAGCGGUUGCUGUGGUGCAAGAGGUCCAAUCGAUUGGGCACUCCUUAAUUCUAUGUAUAUAGAGAAGCACGACAGUCUCCUGCCAGAUUCCUGUACAUGCAACAUAAGUAAUAACCACGAGGUCUGUAAGAGGGUAGUUCUACCAUAUAGAACGAGUAGAAGAUGGUAUAGACCAGUCAAUGAAUCAGUUUGGUCUGUGGGUUGUGGUGAUAAGUUUUUAACAAGUUUAAGUGAAUUCAGAUCAACUGCAAUAAAGUGCAUCGUCGCUUUGGUAUUGUCUCAGGUCAGUAUAAUCUUUAUUACUGUGUAUCUAUUGCAAAAAAGAAGAAAAAUCGAAGUAUCCAGUUACUCAUCUACAUGUAAUUAGAAAUGUUAUUGUCAUUUUUGUUUCUCUUUCUUUGUGUUGACAGAAAAACUAAAAAAAAACAUUUUUAUUUAUUAAAAUUAAUUCCGUCCAUUG